AUGUUUAUUGAUGCGCAGCAGCUCCUCAAUUACGACUUCGGCGGCUGGCCUCUCUCAGACUCCGCUGACAUCUCUUCCAUUGUACAAACAAAAUUCUCCCGGAGAGCUCUGAGUAGCUCCCAAAGACAUCUAGCUCCUCAUCCCAAAACUUCUGCCAGGAGGCACAAGGACUCCCAGGUUCGAGUCAGUGCGCAGCCGACAAUCCUACCAGUGCCGGGCGUUGAUGCAGACACUCCCGAUUCCAAAGGCAUCAAAAAACUUGCUGAACUUCUUCGUGACUUAUGUGCAACUAAAUCAACUACCGCCAUCCAUGCGUGUUCUAUGAAAUUAUACUCACUGCCCAGCUCCGCAGAUGCACGAGAGGUCGAGAACAUCAUCAAACAACUGCAACCAAAGUAUGAUCUAAACACAACCACCGCUGCAGUCUGCGCUAUGCUUCGUAAGGGUUUUACGGAUGUCUUGAACACGGCAUCGGUCUCAUUUGAGCAAAGGGCCGCGACCGACUCUAUAAACUCUGAACGCAGAAACUCAUUUGAAAGGGGCAGGCCACAAAAUCCGAAGCAGACUGAUGUGCGCUCUGCGGAACCCAAGGUGCGGCCAAAAAGCAGAGAGUCGCAGCCUCAACUGCCACGUCAUCAAGAGUCCCCACCCCAAGCGUCUCAUCCACAAGAGGCCCCAUCACAAGUAUCCCCACAAGCAUCUCAUCCACAAGAGUCUCCAUCGCAAGAAUCCCCGCCACAAGCGACUCACCCACAAGAUUCCUCAUCGCAAGAGUCUCCGCCACAAGCGACUCACUCACAAGAGUCCUCAUCACAAGAGUCCCCGCCACAAGCAUCACGCUCCCAACAGUCUGCGCCCCAAGAGUCGUUGCUGCGAGAGUCACAUCACUUCCGCCCUGCGGUGUCAAAGUUACAGUCAGAAAGCAAUAGUUCGCAAGCCUCUGAAUCCCAACCGAUUGACCAGCCGUCUUCCCCUCCCGUUGCGCCCGCCGCCGAAAAGUUGAACAUACACAAAGUGUCGAUCAGAAAUCAUGGACACUUCUAUUGGGCUUUUAGCUCCUCAACGAAAAGUGUGUCAAGCCCGCCUAUUGACCCUUGGCAACUUUCUGGUGAACAGAUCCCCAUGGAAGACGGCUAUGUCUUUAUGCAUAAAGACAAUCGGAACAACGAGUUGUCAAUCUGGUUAUGGAAGGAGGGGAUGUGGACUGAUAUCACGGAAGCUUACUCUUCUGACACUGGAAAUGUCAACCACCCCCAGCUCUCCAGUCACGUUCUCACGUUUAAUGCGAAAACGGAAGAUAUUCUCGACCCGUCCUAUAUUAAAUACGAAACCUGGAAAGCCAGGCAGGGCGGAUAA